UAGCGAAACCAACGAGAGGACACCGCCUGCAUGUAGAGCAGCCCGGCCAAGAGCAUAACCGAGCGGCACGCGAACGUGAGAGAAAAGCCUUGCGCAGCUGCUCUUUCCCACCCCUGAGUCUUUCUAGACACGGAUGCAUCUCAAAAACCACUCUGGAAAAAUGCUUUCUGAAAGCAGUUCAUUUUUGAAGGGUAUGAUGCUGGGAAGCAUUUUCUGUGCCUUAAUCACUAUGCUAGGACAUAUUAAGAUUGGUUAUGGAAACAAAAUGUACCACCAUGAGCAUCAUCACCUACAAGCUCCUAAUAAAGAAGAUAUCUUGAAAAUUUCAGAGAAUGAACGCAUGGAGCUCAGUAAGAGCUUUCGGGUAUACUGUAUCAUCCUUGUAAAACCUAAAGAUGUGAGUCUUUGGGCUGCAGUGAAGGAGACUUGGAUCAAACACUGUGACAAAGCAGAGUUCUUCAGUUCUGAAAAGGUUAAAGUGUUUGAGUCAAUUAACAUGGAAACAGAUGACAUGUGGUUAAUGAUGAGAAAAGCUUACAAAUACGCCUUUGAUAAAUAUAGAGACCAUUACAACUGGUUCUUCCUUGCACGCCCCUCAACAUUUGCUAUUAUUGAAAAUUUAAAGUAUUUUUUGUUAAGAAAGGAUCCAUCACAACCUUUCUAUCUAGGCCACACUGUAAAAUCUGGAGACCUUGAUUAUGUGAAUGUGGAAGGAGGAAUUGUCUUAAGUAUCGAAUCAAUGAAAAUACUUAACAGACUUCUCAGGUUCCCUGAAAAGUGCCCUGAACAGGGAGGGAUGAUUUGGAAGAUAUCUGAAGAUAAGCAGCUAGCAGUCUGCCUGAAAUAUGCGGGAGUGUUUGCAGAAAAUGCAGAAGAUUCUGAAGGAAAAGAUAUAUUUAAUACCAAAUCUGUUGGGCUUUUUAUUAAAGAGGCAAUGGCUAAUCAACCUAACCAGGUAGUAGAAGGAUGUUGUUCAGAUAUGGCUGUUACUUUUAAUGGACUGACUCCUAAUCAAAUGCAUGUGAUGAUGUAUGGAGUAUACCGUCUUAGGGCAUUUGGGCAUAUUUUCAAUGAUGCAUUGGUUUUCUUACCUCCAAAUGUUUCUGACAAUGACUGAGAAAUAAAAUAAGAGCAUGUAUAUGA